AUGACUGAAGAUGUAUUGGAUAUAAGAAAAUUAAGCAGGCUUUAUCCGUUUUUAAAAGAGACAUGGAACUUAUUUGAAGAACUUGAUGAAACAGUAGAGAUAAAAUUACAAAAUAAAAUAUAUGAAGACAUAUGCAAUGGGGUUGCCCUUAUAUUAAAACAACAUGAUAAAAAGUACAUUGAUUUCUGCAAGAAGCUUGUAAGAAAUUAUAAUCUACUUUGUAAUAAUCCAGGUGAAUGCAAAAUUAAGCCUAGCUAUUGUAAUGACUUGAACAAUUGGUUGUAUUAUUAUAUAAAAAAAGAAAACCUCGAUGGAGAAAUUUUUAGUAAUUUUUUCAAUGAUAUUAUAAGACAAUCGAAAUUUUAUGCUCCCCAAAACAGAAUGUGCUUAUAUUCAUACGAUACAAAUUAUUCAGAACCCAAUAAAAUUGUAAUGUUAAACAUAUUUGAAUCUAACAUAAGUGUAAUUAUUAGCGUGUUAAAAGGUCAGUAUGAUGUAAUGAAAUGCUACUGUCAAGAAUUUGUCAAGGAGAUAGUACAAAUAUAUAAAACCAUGAAUGAAAAGUAUUGUAGAAAUGGAAAUGGUACAAUAGAAAAAAAUGUGAGCACUUGUUCCAAACUAAGGACUUUUAGUAGUUUGUACACAGGAUAUAUCUAUAAUGAAGAAUCUAUGAAAAGUAUAUUACCGUCAUUAACAUCUAAUAAUAAUAUAGAAUUUAUGAGUUGUGAAUCGAAUGUUGAAGAAAAAAAAUUACAAUUAGAAAACGAAAUGUCAGCAUUAACUCAGGUUUAUACAAAAAAUGAACUCCAAGAAUUUGAGCACCAAAGCUCAAAUAUACCCACAAUAAAUAUUAUACCAACAGUUCUAUCAAUAAUUGGUGGAAUAUUAUCCUUUUUUAUGUUAUCCUAUAAGUUCACACCAAUUGGUAACAUGUUUCGCUCCAAGAAAAGGGUAAAAAAAAUAAAAAGUAUUUACGAUAGAGAUGAGGAAAAAGAAUUAUUUUACCAUACACCAGAUAAAGCAAAUAUAUAUUCAUAUAAUAAGAGAUAUGAGAUAGCAUAUGGAAGAUUAUGA